UAUAGAUUUUAGUGCAUUUUCCGUCCCGAAAAACUUAAUUUUAGUGUACGAUUAAUGAAAAACCUUUAUUUGAUACUGACGAAAUACCACAGCUUCGAAAAUGAAGACGAUGCGCCAGAAAACUCCCAUCAAGGUCCUGCCGAAGGUGACGGCCCUGCAAAGUCGUGGAAAUUCUGGCAACAACUUGCAAAGCGAUCCGGUGCAGGUAUACUGCCGCGUUCGUCCGUUGCCUUGCGAAUCCGAUCUGUCCUGUUUGCGGGUCACGGCUCACAAUACGGUCGUCUUGACACCACCUGAGAUUGCGAUCAACUACAAGAUCACGAGCCUGAAGGAAACGCAGUACAUCUUCAAGCAUGUGUUCGAGGCUUCCUCUACGCAGCAUGAGGCUUACUCGACGGUCGCCCAACCGCUAGUCGAAGGGCUGAUUCGGGGAAGGAACGGGUUGCUGUUUACCUACGGGGUAACCGGGAGUGGGAAGACCUACACGAUGACUGGGGACAUUCACCAUCGGGGAAUUAUGCCGCGGUGCUUGGAUGCGCUGUUCCGAACGAUUGCGGACUUCCAGGCGAAGAAAUUUGUAUUCAAGCCGGACCGAUUGAAUGGGUUCGACAUUUUGUCGGAGGCGGAUGCCAUGUUGGAACGACAGGCGGAACUGCACUCAAAGCUGAACAAGGGAAAGCGAAAGGAUCUGGAUCCGGAGAUUGCUUCGAAAGUGUCGGUGGAACCGUCGGAACUGAGUGGGAUUGAUGAGGACAAUAUAUAUUCCGUUUUUAUUACGUACGUUGAGGUGUAUAAUAAUUGCGUUUAUGAUCUGCUGGAGGAGACGACCAUUCAAAAGACAUUGCAAAGCAAGAUGGUCCGCGAGGAUGCCAAUCGCAACAUGUUUGUCCACGGAGUGACGGAAGUCGAAGUUAAAACGAUGGAAGAAGCGCUGGAAGUGUUCCAGUUUGGUCAAAAGCGUAAGCGCGUUGGUCACACGAUUCUGAACGCGGAAUCCAGUCGAUCGCAUUCGGUUUUCACCAUCCGAUUGGUUCAGGCUCCGGUAGAUAAUCACGGUGAGCACGCAGUUCAGGAUCGGAACGCAGUCACAAUCAGUCAGCUUUCGUUGGUGGAUUUGGCGGGUAGUGAGAGGACAAGUCGAACCGGGAACACCGGACAGAGGUUGCGCGAAGCCGGAAAUAUCAAUAACAGUUUGAUGACACUGCGGACGUGUUUGGAGAUUUUGCGGGAGAAUCAGAUGACCGGAAGUUUGAAAAAGGUACCGUACAGAGAUUCGAAGAUAACACACCUGUUCAAGAACUAUUUCGACGGUGAGGGACAGGUUCGGAUGAUAGUUUGCGUCAAUCCGAGGGCUGAAGAUUACGACGAGACGGCUCAGGUGAUGAAGUUUGCCGAAAUGACGCAGGACGUGCAGAUAACUCGGCCAACGCCAGUCAAGGUUGAUGUGGGACUGACUCCAGGACGCCGCAAGGCCAAUCAACUGUUCAAGAUUGCAAUGAACGACAUCGAAAAGCGACACCAAGAGGGUAUCAAAAUGGAUGUGGAUCUGGGAUUGGUGUACAGCCUGGGUCCCAACUUCCCGGAACUGAAAAUGAACGGUCCGGAAGCGCAGGAAAUUAUCAGGGAGUUGAUCAAACUGUUGGAAAUGAGAAUCGUCAAACGUCGAUCGCUGAUCGAAGAUUAUGAUGUGCGACAAGACCGAUUCCGAAUGAAUCUGUUGAAGAUUGAGAGAGAUAACGUGGCACUGAGGGCGGACAAUUCCUCGAUCAAGGGAGUGUUGAACCAGAACCGGCAGAAGAUCAAGGCAAUGGAGAACAAAAUUGUGAUCUACGAGAGUUCGAUUGACGACCUAAACCGACGUAAUCGGACGUUGGAGGAAAGGGUGAGGGAUCUACAGACACAGUUGAAUCAGAAAACAAAGAUGCUCAAUCAGAAUGAGAUCGAGAAGGAGCGGCAGCGGAAGAAAUUCACCUCGAAGAUUGCCGUCGAAUCGGAGAAGAUGAGCCGUGAGUUGGAAGUGAAGCUGCAAGAGCAGAAGAACAAGCUGCGGGAGGAAAUGCGCGAGAAGGACGAGCGAUUGAGGCUGGUUUCUGAGAUCAUCAAGGGCGAGACACCGGUCAAGAAGGUUGCCAGAUCGAACAGUGUGGAUGAGUUGGCGACGCCGCUUACCAGUCACGUGACGGCGACUUCGAAUGGAGCACUGCAAACGCCGCGUUCCAGACGGGGAGUCGCAGUGGCCAAUCCACGUCAUCGUCGUUCGCGUUCGACCGGUGAGCGUUGGCUGGAGCAUCGGGCAGCGAACCCCGUACCACUGGGAACGAUUUUCCAGCCUUACUACACCGAUCGGAAGUCCAUCACGAAGCUGACCGAUGCUCGGGACGUAACUAGCGCCAAGGCUUCUAAGUACUGUCUUAUCUCUCAGGACGCCGAUACUGAGGGUGAGGUAGAGACGAAAAUCUUCAAAGGGGACGUCAUUCCUACGACCGGCGGUGGAGCCCAGGUCAUCUUCAACGAUGUGGAGUGCCUGAAACAGUAUUCCCCAUCGAAAUCUCCCGGCGGCGGUGGCGGUCGGAAACGUCCCAGUAGCAGCCACCAACUGGCUGCUGUCCCGGUGGCAAGCGCUCCCACUCUGGCGGAAAUUCAAAUAACAAGUUCCAAGUGUAGUACGGGCAUUCAAGGACACUCCGGAGGCGGUGGAAAGAAGCCUAAACAUUGAUUUUCUAUUUCUUGAUUUGGAUAUUCGUUGUAAAUACUAUUUAACAAGUUUAAUUUUAUUAUCGAUAAUCUUGAAAAUAAAACCCACUUCCACGUUACGGUAAAGAACGUCACUCUGUGAUCG